UUUUGUGACAGUUUAAGAUUAGCAAACGACGAAAAACGAAAUAUUAAUUUAAAACAAACAAAUAAUAAUUAGUUGUAACAUUUUGAUGUGAUCACACACCUUGAGUAGAUAAAAAGAGUAAAAAUAAAUUAAAAGUUUUUCUAAUGAAAGUGUGGCUUGCCAAUCAAAAAAUAAACUGUUUUUGAGACGUACAAGUAGUUUUAUAAGAAAUUGCAAAGGUCGAAACUUUGCAAUUUGAAAUUAGUUGAGAUCAAUUCAUAGGGGACAGGCGAAAGAAUAAAUUAAAUUUAAUGCAAAUUAAGCCAAACCUGAACCUAGAAAUUAGAACGCCCUCAAAACAACAUUCAUAGAUGACCGAAGUCUUCCACAAAAACUGUAUGCAAAAGAGCUAUUACCAGAUCAAUCGAAGGCUAUGUCGGAAAAACGAGUCCUCUGCGUUGGCAUGUGUGUGCUGGACAUAAUCCAUGUGUGUGCUGAAUAUCCCCAAGAGGACACGGAUAGACGUUGUCAAAAUGGCUAUUGGCAACGGGGUGGAAAUGCCUCAAAUAACUCCACAGUGCUGCGAAAAUUGGGUGCCCCAUGUGAAUUUCUGGGAAUGAUUAGUACAUCACCAGCAUUUCAAUUUCUCUAUGAAGAUUGUCGCCAGCGUGGUAUUCACAUAGAACAAUGUCCAACCACAGCUAUGGAUCCGCCGUUUUCAAGUAUAAUAUUGGUCAAGAGUAAAGGCACCCGAACCAUAGUUCACUCCAAUCCAGGAUUUCCAAUUCUCACAUAUGAAGAUUUUAAGAAAAUCGAUUUAUCGUGGUAUAGUUGGAUACAUUUCGAGGGCCGUAAUGUUGAGGAAACACGGCAAAUGAUUGAAUGGAUUCGUAAGCACAACCAAGAGAUGAAGAAUAAUGAAAUAAAAAUCUCCGUGGAAUUGGAAAAGUUGAACCGGGAUUUGUUUGAAUUAGCCAGCCGAGCUGAUGUAGUGUUCGUAUCUAAAGAUAUUGCCGAACAUAUGGGUUGGAAAACGGCCAAGGAGGCAGUUUAUGGUGCCAAAGAAAUUAUUCAUGACAUGCGGAAGAAAGAAAAAUCAGAAGAUAAUUUCAAAAGGCCAACGACAGAUAUUAUUUGCCCUUGGGGUUCUGUCAGCUCGGAUUGUUUGAGUUCGUCUGGAGAAUAUGACUCGGUUCCAGCAUUCCACGUAAAUGAAGUAGUGGAUUCCUUGGGUGCAGGAGACACAUUUCUGGCAGCAUGUAUCUAUGCUUUACAUUUCCUUAAAAAGCCAUUGAGCCAGGCUGUGCGCUAUGCAAAUCAAGCGGCAGCAUUUAAAAUUCAGCGCAGAGGUUAUGAUGAAAUCGAUCAGUUUCAGAUUAAAGAAAUAUAAUUAUGUUUUGACUUUAAGAAAUAGUUUAAGUUUAAUAUUUUGACAUCAGAGAAUUUUUUUUAGCAACAUUGACAAUAAAGAACAUUCCAAAACAAUAAUUAAAAUGUGAUAAUGAACAAUAACUAUUUAAUAAAUUGUAACUUAAAUAUAAAAAAUUUAAUUUUUUCAAACAAUUUAUUUAAAAUUUCUAAAUUAA